UGGCGGGCGGGGGGACUGCCCUCCGCCCUCCGGGGAGAUAAAGAGCGGCCGCCGCAGCCCGCCCGCGUCUCUCGGCGCCGCCGGCAGCAUGACGGCCAUCGGGGCGCAGGCACAGCAGCUGCUGGUGCACCGGAGACCACAGAAAUCCUUCUUUGAGACGCUCAUCAGGAGCCUGAUCAUCCUGUGCGUGGCGAUAGCCGUGGUCUUGUCGUCCAUCUCCAUCUGCGAUGGCCGCUGGCUCUUUGCGAGGGGGAAGCUCUUUGGACUGUGGCACUUCUGCACCGUUAGCAACGACAGCGUCCUGAACUGUGUCACCAACCUCAGCCUGGCCCAGGUGGAGGGGCUGAGCGUGGGGGUGAUUCCCAUCAGGAGCAUGGUGUCCUUUGCUGUUGUGGUUGCCAUAUUUGGCCUGGAGCUGCUGAUGGUGUCCCAAGUCUGCGAUGAUGCCAAUGCAAGGCGGAAAUGGGCAAUGGGUUCCGUUCUCAUUCUCAUCUCUUUUUUGCUGUCGGCCACUGGUGUUCUGAGCUUCUCCAUACUCGUGAAGGAUCACCUCACCUUCACAGGUUUCACGCUGACAUACUGGUGUGAGUUCAUUGCUGCAUUUCUCUUCUUCCUUAACGGGAUCAGUGGACUUCACAUCAACAGCCUCACACACCUCAGGAACGGGAGAGGCAAAAUCUAGGCACAAAGGAUGUAUCUCUGCCUUUGUGUAAUCAGCUUUGCCAAUUAGACUGGAAAAAAGAGAGCCUAAUGAAGUUUGAAAAGGAUGCCCUGUCUUAAUUUGUGUGCAAGGAGGGGAAGCAUGAGUCAGUCUUGAUGCCUGUAGAAGACAUACCCACCCACUGGUCAGCAUGGAGGGCUGUGCAACACCAGCCAAGCAGAGACUGGGACUGGCUGCUCCUGCAGUGUGGUUUUCUGGAGGAGUGGAUUAAAGCAGAGGGUGUCCCGUUAAACCUGCAAAGGUUUGGAAGACUGCAAUCUAUCCCACGUGUUGUUCUGAGGCUUGCACAACACCUGUACUGCUGUGGGUUUGGUGUUGCUGUGCUUUUCCCCAUAUUCCAGAGCCUGUGAAGAGUGUGAUACAACUUUGGAGUGUCUCAUGGGUUUGUUCUGGCUUGGGGAUGGAUGAAUUCUGCCUGGCCACACUCACUGGUGUGGAGUACUGAAAAUCUUCACUGGAUCUUAUUUCACCAUUUUUCUUUCAAAAGAGAAGGCACGCAGAACUUGAUCUGGUCACAGGUUUUGUUUCCUUCUGGCACAUUCCCUUUAUCUGUCCUUGCCUCGGUCAGCUUUUUUUGGGGACACUUCAGACAGAGGUGCUGUCCUGGGGCCAGGGGUAGGUGCUGGGUGAUGCAGGUGUACAGGGAAGGGAUGUGAUGCUUUCCUCAGGCAGCCAUGCAUGUCCCUGUGCUUGUGGCCUCUCCCCAGUGUCACGACUCUCCUGGCACCCUUGAAGGACACAUACCAGCUGGUCAACCAAACUGGCUCUCUCCCAGCCCUUGCAAAGUUUACGGUAACAGGGCAUUGCUCUUAGGUUUUUUUUCUUUGUUUCUUUGUGGCAAGAGGGACAAGCUCUGUGGAGCUUUCAUGGGGUGUUGUGGCUGAGCAGACCAUGCAGAGACCACCAUGGCUUCUGGGAUGUGUUUUCAUUACCAUGGUUUCCACUGGGGCAGUGGGAAAUCUGCUUAUCCGGUAGCUGAGAGUCUCCUGGAGCAUUUCUUAUGGGAGGAGAAAGCCCUAGAUCCUCCUGACCAGACCAGGUCCUUUUUUUCCCCUGACUAACAGUGAGCCUGGGAGGAGAAGCAGCCUGUGAUUGCCUAAGGAGGGGCUGAUGGGUGCAGCUCUAAUCUGUCACCACUGGUAGAAAUGUUGAGAGACCUGGCCAAAAUUAUCAUACUAAGGCUGGUCUUCCUUCUGCCAAUGUCUGAGUCAAGAUCUCUAAAAUUGCUACAGCUUUGAAGUUCUCCAUGGUGUCUUACGUAAAAGGAGAGAAGACCUCAUUUGUAGAGUAGAUUGCCCUACAUGUGUUCUCCCUGUCCAACACACAGCACUCGGUUGCCCACAGUUAAAAAUGUCUUCAGAGUAUUUCAGGGUUUCUGGUUUACUGUUUGCUUUGUAUCCACUGGUAAAGCUGCUUAUAUCUGUUUUAGAACAAAUGUUUGUGUGUUUCAUUCCUAUACCUUGUCUGUUGAGCAAGGUUUUAUUUUCCUGUACAACAAGUUUGACAUAAUUUUUCACCUGAAACAAAUGCAUCAUAGCACAGAGGCCAAAAAGCCUGUGUAGGUGAGCCAUGAGUAAACAGCUUUGUCUUUGAAAGCUAAGAAUCUUAAGCUGUGCCUGUGCUGAAUGUGCCACACUUUGAUGAAUGUGCUCCUGUGGACUCGCUUGCCUUCAGGAGGACAGUCUCCAUUCCUUCUUGGAUUUCUGUAACUUCUUAAAGACAACAUUCCUAAGCCUAGUUUGCAAUGCAGGUUCAGACUUGGCUUACUCUGGACAGUGCCAGUUGUACUUUUGCACACAAAUCUGCACAUCUUUCUGUCAAGAUGAUGCAGAGCUGUGCUACCCAGACAGCUCCUGAAGCUCUUGUAAUGUCUGGGGCUUUGUUGGGGUCUCUUGGCCCACUCUCAAGGACAAGGACUUGUGCCUUUAACUUGUUUCUGGAAAACUGCGCUGUGACUGUGUCUGUUUGUGAAGGUGCUUUUGAUUUGCUGAACUGCACUGUCGAAGACAUACUGGUGGGCUGAACUUGAAGAUGUUUGUGUGAGCUAGUGCUGUUUGCUUUAGCAGAGCCAUUUAGGCCAGAGAGACCCUGUGAGGUCUGGUCCCAAACUGUUGCACCAGGACUACCUUAUCUAACCAGUGAUUCAGUUGUGUUGCCCAUGCCAGGCAGGACAGUUCCCCUACACGUAAGGGUGUCUAUGGCUUGUCUAGAAACAUUAGUGUAACCUCAGAGUGAUGCUUCGGUGACAUCCAGACUUGGAAUUCACUUCUGUGUGACAUUCCCUCAUGCUAGUGGGAGGCUGUGCCUCCAUGCCUUUCCUUGGAAGGCAGCCAUAGCCAGACUGGGUUCCAGGCUGGUGCCUCCCACUUGGGUUAGAGAGAGACUGGACAAUUGGCCAUUGAGUUCACCCUAGACGUGGUGCAAUUGUAUUUUAGGAUGCCCUCUGCUAGCUGAAGAAGAGGCCUUUUGUUGGGGGUAGGGAAUCCUCUGGGGAAAAUAGAGUAACUUUUUUUCCAACCGGUUUUGUAUAGUACUGCUCAACUUAAUUUUGCUGGGAAAAGACGCAUUUUGACAGCUAAAUAUUACAAAACAGAGUUGAUUGUCUUGGAGAUAUCCUUCUAUAGAGUAACCUGUGCAGAAGUGGGUCACUGUUCAUUUUCUGAAGCGUGUGGAAGUGUUAAGCAAUAUUCCUGAAGUUUGUUAAAUAAAUUGAUUUGAAAUAAGAA